AAUAUUUGAAAGGUUCGUGGAUUUGUCGACGUGCGAUCCGCUGUUGGGACAAGGCCGCGGCGGCAUGUUUGGCACAGUCUUGACCUAUGAAGGCAAACGCAUUGCGCGAUGCGUGGAUGCGGUGCAUGGAGACAGCGACCAGCAGCGCUUCGUCCUCGGUAGCUGUACGCCGAGUUCGAAGAAGCUGAAUCAACUGCACCUCCUUGACGCAAACCUGUCUGUCCUGCGAACGUAUUCCCAUGCCAACCCAGUGCUACACCUCGCUAUGUGCCCUCUGCCAAAGCAGACCCACCACGUGCUUACCACGUUUACAACAGAGCGCAAUGAACCGUCAUUCGCGGUUUGGAAGUUGGACAGCUUCGAGUCGGUACCAUCGCCGGGUGAGGCCGGAUCUGGUGCAUCUCUGAGCAUGCUGACGAGCGUGACGACUGACUCGGCCAUCGUUCGGGCAAUUUGGAAUCCCACCGACGACAGCAGUGGCGCCACCAUCGCGUCUUUGAAUGCUUCGUCCAUCUCGACGUGGACACUAGCCGAUGGCGGCGGAAAAGAAGUGGCCAAACUCGGCUUUGGUGGCGACAGACAGCACCCGACCGCAAUUGCAUGGGACCCCCACCACCGCCAGCAAGUGUCGGCGGCCAUCGACGAUUCCAUCCAAACGUGGGAUGUGCGCUCUGGAAAGGUAGCGUACAAGAUCGACCACGCGCAUUUUCAAUGCGUGCGAGACAUUGACUACAGCCCAAACAAACCGUAUUACAUUGCGAGUGGCGGCGACGAUGGCCUUGUCAAAUUCUGGGAUGUUCGCAAGCCCAAGACGGCCCUGCUGUCCCUGCGCGGCCACAACCACUGGUGCGCGCUGUGUUGCUGGAUGCCCAUAUUUCACGUUGGAUAGGGUUUGGUGCGUCAAAUACAACCGCUUCCACGACCAGCUUGUGCUGUCGUCGAGCUCGGAUAGUUGCGUGAACCUGUGGCGCGUGAGCUCGAUCUCGUCGGCGCCGUUGAUAGAGAUGGACGAGUCGACCGACGACCAUGGCGGCGUCGACGAUGCCAAGAUCAAAACGUUCGACAGUCACGAAGACAGUGUGUACUCGGUCGCGUGGGGGUCCACCGACUCGUGGGUGUUCGUGUCGAUCUCGUACGACGGCCGGGUCGUGUUGAACCAAGUGCCGUCCACGGAAAAGUACAGGAUCUUGUUGUAGCCAUCCAAGAUCGAUCGAUGCCUCUGUUUAACGAAACGACAUAAUCGAACGAGUGCGGUGGUGUCGAGCGAGCAUGGAGGUCGCAUGACAUCGUGGAAACUUGUGCUGGACCACCCCCACUCCAAGUGACGGAAGCGAUAGUUGAAUCGGGUGUUGUGGGGGAACGGAUCGCUCAGUGACACGACUGUCGUAGCUGUCGCGUCUUGGUCACGUCGUCAUGACAUCGCCCAGACCUCACCCACUG